AUGGAGCAACAAGAAGAGAAGAUCAGAAAAGUCUACACAAGAAGAAGAACAAAACUGAAAUCAACUUGGUCACUUCCUGUCGAUCUAACCACAGAGAUACUCUUAAGGCUGCCUGAGGAAUCUGUUGCGAGGUUUCGUUGCGUGUCGAAGCUUUGGUCAUCAAUCACAACCGAUCCAUACUUCAUCAACUUGUUCGAAACUCGGUCCCCAAGGCCGAGUCUUAUACUCUGCUACAUAAAAGAUGACAACUUGUGUGUUUCCCCAACAUUCUCACACUCUUCAUCAGGAAUCGAACAAGUCCUACUCUUCUCCUCAGCCUAUUGA